GGGUGUGGAUCCAUCCAUAAGGCCAGAAGUUUGGGAAUUUCUCUUGGGGUGUUAUGCUUUGGGCAGCUCUGCUAAGUAUCGAAAGAAGCUGAGGACUGCUAGAAGGAAAACAAUGAUCAAGUCAAAUCAAACCAUAUACUCCCCUACCUGCAGUGAUGAAAGAACACCAUUAUGAGGUCAUCCAGAUACGGCACCGUAUCUGCCUUAUACCCGCACAAUUGCUGAUUGCCUCUUAAUCUUUCUAUAAGAAUUUUAUCUUGGUUAAAAGGAUGGAGCUUGGACCUAACUCAACCCCAAAAACUAGCUUAUGAGGGAACGUUACAGAGACCUCAUAAAGCAGUGCCAAGCAAUGCAUUCCAGUGUAGGAACUGGUUCCCUAGCCUAUGUUGUUGGGUCCAAGGUCAUGGAUAUGAGAACAAGUACCAAAGAUGACCAUAGAAGAGAAGCGGAUGUCAAGGGCAGUCAAGCUUCUAAUGUCAAUACUGACAAUUUAGACAGUUACAGUGAUUUUGAUAAUAAUUGUAUAGACACAUCACAUGCACAUCAAAGGGAAAGCUCUAGUGAUUCUUGUGACCUUAUAAGUGCAACGGGAAGCACAGAUGAGGCAGCAUUGGACUCUUUUUGUUCUGUGCCCACUUUGGGUCCAUAUGACUGCAGAUCCACCGAACUUGGGGGUGAAGCAUGUCAAUCAGAAUUUGUAAAUGAGAACUAUUUUGAUUUUCCUCCUUUACCUGUUACAGAUUUAUUUGAAAUGAGUAGCAAAAAUAAGAAAGGUCCUAGGUCAUAUGAUAAGACAAUUUUGGCAAGGCAUAAAUUGAAAUUUGGAGAGGACAAGAUGCACAGCUUCAGAAUAAAUAAUAAUGCAGAUCUUGUCAUAGAAGCAAAUGUUUCCUCAUCAUAUGGCGUAUCUAGUUCCCUGAACUCUGAAAUUGUGAGGGUUCAUCCUAGUGGGCCGGAUUCAGUGUCGUGGUCUGGAAAAUUCCAGGAACACGAAACAGAGAUUUUUAACAGACUCAUAAUAUCUGACGCACCAGACACUCCAAAUAUGAAUGCUAGAACACCUCCAAGAGGUGGUUUCAGUGACGAAAGAGUGUCGGAAUGGCUCUGGACAUUACAUCAGAUAGUUGUUGAUGUAGUCAGAACAGAUAGCCAUCUUGAAUUCUAUGAGGAUACAAAAAAUUUGGCUAGAAUGUCAGAUAUCCUGGCUGUUUAUGCAUGGGUUGAUCCUGCAACGGGAUAUUGCCAAGGAAUGAGUGAUCUCUUGUCUCCUUUUGUUGUUCUGUUUGAGGAUAAUGCUGAUGCUUUCUGGUGCUUUGAGAUGCUUCUACGGAGAAUGCGUGAGAACUUUCAGAUGGAAGGGCCAACUGGUGUCAUGAAGCAGUUGCAAGCUCUAUGGCAUAUUGUCGAAUUUACAGAUCGACAAAUGUUUUCUCAUUUGUCAAGCAUAGGUGCUGAAAGCCUUCAUUUUGCCUUCCGGAUGCUGUUGGUGCUCUUCCGCCGAGAAUUAUCUUUUAACGAGGUUCUUUGUAUGUGGGAGAUGAUGUGGGCUGCGGAUUUUGAUGAAUCAAUUGCUUUUCAUCUAGGGGAGAACUGCCCUGAAAUAUUGGUCAUUCAGAUUCCAAAGGAAUCUGAGGCAGAAUCAGGAGAAGAAAUUGUUGAGAAUAACAAUAACGACUCAAAGGAUGACUCGCCCCCUAAACAUGGAAGUGGAGAGCAUACCAUCUCUGAAAACAAUGGGAUGAAGCUCUCCUUAGCUCGUCCAUUUUGUGGAUUGACUAGGAAUAUCUGGUCCAAAAAUAAUGGCAUGCCCAGUUUUAAUAUGCUCUCAUCAGCAAGGAGUAGUAUUGAUGAAUUACCAGUUUUUUGUGUAGCAGCUAUUCUAUUCAUGAACCACCGGAAGAUCCUCAAAGAAACCCGCUCAAUUGAUGAUCUGAUAAAGAUAUUCAAUGACAAUAUGUUAAAGAUUCGGGUCAAGAGGUGUGUACGGACUGCCAUCAAGCUGCGGAGGAAGUACUUUUACAAGCUGAUUAAAGAACAUUUAUCAGAAGUAGUUUAUUUGGAGAUUAUACAGCGAAGUGUAGUGGCAUCUGAGUGUAUGUCCAUGCACUUGUUGCACCUUCAUCCAAGGACCGUUAAGUUGCAUGUUUCCUUCACCUUGGUUGGUGAAUACAGUCAGCUAGUCAGGGAACACGAAAUUUUUGCUGUCAUAUAGUUGGUGGGUGAGAUUUUGUAUCAACAAUUUUAAUAAACUUGCUAGCAUUGAGAUUUCUCAGGGAAAAGCUUGGGAUGCGGAUUAGGAGGCUCAUUCAGAUAAUAUUUUUAAAAUUGAACAUCAAGAGAAAAAUAAAAUAAAACAGAUAUUUCAUAUCUUUAUUAACCAACUUAUGUCUUUAGUCGUUAUGAUAUUGUCCUCCAUGUUUGAAACAAAAUGGAUCUCUUCUUAUCAGUAAUAGAAGCAGUAGAAAGUAUAUUUAUAUGGGGAUUAUGAACUUGCAAUCUCGGUGUAUUUCCCCUAGUUUAUGGACUCCCUCCCUGGGGCAUGUUCAAUGCAAGGCGAAUGAAUGUUCUUCGAAGCUGCUUGAAGUUAGUUGUAUAAAGAUUAACUCACCAGUGUCAGCUCUCUCCACAUACUAGCUGUUGAUCGACUCCAAGAACUAUUCAUGAGCUGUUGCUGAGUUGGUGGUGUUGUCCUUUUUCUGGUGUGAAAUAGAUAGCUUGGCCUUUUCUUGUUUUCAUUGAGCAAUGUGAUCUGAGACUUUCCCAGAGAGAUUCGUUCAUGCUGGGGUAAGGUUUUCAGGUGGUGUUGAAAUUGAACAGAAGAAUCUGCAAUGUGCUUUACCCACUGCCUGUGCUCCUUGAACAAGAUGAUCAAUUUAUGGUAUUGGGGAAAGAAAAAUGAAAAAGGUGAAUCUUUGAUGAUCAAGGUGCAAAAGUGCCGUGGUUCAUUUUGGUCCCCUUUGGAUAUCAGUAGUUUUUAUUUUAGCGGUUUUCUGAAAGAACUUUGGUAUUUGAAAACAAUGUUGAGACACCUUUUUUAGAAGUCCAUUUUAGAAAUAAAAUAAAUCAUCUCAAUUACACGAA